GGGGCCUAUGCAGUGACUGCCCAGUUGCCUGGUGCCCAUUGUUGUGGGCGUGUCUGAGCAGUACCAGUGCCAUAUAGCAGCCCAGGUGGGACAAGUGGGAGUGAUCAGAGCCCCAUGGCUAACUCCACUGUACCUCCCUCGCUGGCCUGUGGCCUUAUCAAUGCCGCCAGCCGUUACCUGAGCGCUGAGCCCUUCCGCUUCCAGGUGGUGGCCACGGGCUUGGUGCUGCGGCUCCGCCAGGUCUGGAUGCUGCGCUUCGUGCCCUCACAGGGAGCUGGGGCAGCUGGACAGGCUGAGGAGAGUGAGCAGAGGCUUCAUUUGCUCAGCUCUCUACAGCGCUUCCUGGCGGCUGAUCCCAACGGCAAAGUCACCUGUGACCAGGAGACCCCAGGCCUGGGUGCCCUCUUCUUGCUGCGGCAGUACCCAGAUGGCAAGGUGUGCAAACUCCACCCCCACCCAGAGCUCCCUGUUGCCCCACACCCCAGGCACCAGCUCCACUAAGCCUGAGUCCCCCUCCUGCUGCGGCAGGACCUGAGGGCAAGGUGUAAGCCCCCACCUGCUCCAGCACCUAGCACUCACUCACUACUGCCAUAUCAGUCCAUCUGACAGUAGAGCCUGCAGCCCCCUGCCCUCCCUAUGGGCAAUCCCCCAGCGUCCCGCCUAGGGAGACCUGAUAGCUGGGGGAGGAGCAAAGCUGGCUGGGGCUCAACUGGCAAACAUCAUUAAAGCUAAGGGGCUCCCCGCAGAUCAAUGGAGGUCCUUGCAGUGAGCUAGGGCACGAGGGAGUGCAGAUGAGCUCGAGUGCCAUGUCAACUCAGAAUUAGCUCUCCCACUGAACAACCCCUUUGCUCUGGCCAAGGCCUUAGAGGCACCGUGCUAUAUUGGAGAAUGACCAUGGCCUCAGCCCACCAUUAGUGGAUCUCUACAACAGAGGAUGGGUGAGCUCAUCUCUGUCCCCACCAUCUGUGAGUUAGGAAGGAAGUUAGUCCUGUGCCUGCUCAGAUCCUCUACCCUGCAGCCACCAGGGGUCCAUGCAUCCCCCAAGAAAUGCCCCUUUCUGUGGGCACAGUUGCUGUGUCACUACAGCACAAGUCCCUGGCUGGAGGUGACUGGGUGCUCCCUGAGGGCCAGUUGGCUCGGGGCCUGCUUUUAGGGCGCUAGUCCCACUGUAAGCUCCAGGGAGGGGGAGGCACUUUUUGCCUCCAGGCCAGUGACUGGAGUUUGACCGGAGCUGGUAGUGACCAAAAGCCUUCCCAUGGGCCAGCUGCUGAGGGGUCUGAGGCAGAUAAGUUGUAGGCAUCUCAACCUGGUGGCACAGCGGGGCAGGAGCCCAUAUCUCAGAUGCCAUGGUUGGGAGCCUCCGAACAAGCCAUGGGGCCGGCAUGAUGGGUUAGUGGAGCCUCUGAGCUGGGACUGACAGAGUUACUUUGGAUGUGGGCUGAAGCAGAGCCAGGGGCAUGAUGGCUCAGGGGUCUUGGGGUCAAGCAGGUCCUGCCCAUGGGUUGGGCUGAAGAGCAGGCAGAAGACGAGCCUUCAAAGCUCACGUGUCAGCAUGGACAGAGGGACCAGGUCCCACAGAAGGUAAGGACGUGGGUGCCACUGGGGCUCCCUUACUGCACUGCAGCCCAGGUGGGAGAGGUCUACGUACCCCUCUUCAGGCCCUCUUCCAGCCAGCCUGGCUCCUGAGCGUGGCUCAUGUGACAGUGCUGGCUUCUCUCCUCCAUGUACCAACACACCCAGGUCUUCCUGUGGCUCCCCCGCAGGCUCCCACACGCACACUGGGGCGCUCGAGUGCUGUGCUAGGGUCUGCACUGGAGGAGCCAGCACUGCCCCCCAAGCCAUGCUGGCACCUGCCCCUCCUUGCUUGGGUAUGUGCUUUGCCCACAAGGGAGACCUGUCUGUACCCACCCCGCCCUGGCACUGACGGGCUGCCCCUCCUGGCAGGUGUCCCUGCAGUGCGA